AUGGUAUGCUUUGUCUAUAAAAUUGCUCUGUUUUGCUCUGUGUUUAAGGCUGAGUUUGAAGUUAACCACCCAGACGAGUACAUCACAUUGAUUUGGGGAACGAUUAGAGAUGAUUACAUAUCUGAGAGUCGUAUCAUCAAUAUUGAGGACCUGGAUGGAUUAGACUUAGAGGAGUUAAACCCUCCACUUGAAAAUUUCACUAUACAAACUAGUCGAAUGGAAGAGAAUCCUAGGUCUAAAUUUGGGGUGUCGGAGCUUCAGUUCAAGACAUCAUGCGGGAGAACAUCUCAGGUGUUUGGUUCGCCCGGUUUGGGUGGAAUCAUUGGGGACGCUUGGGACGAUGGGGUUUACGACUGUGUAAGGAAAGUGCGUGUUGGAGAAGAUGCUGGUCGUGUCUCCUCCAUUGAAUUCGUAUACAGUAAUGGAGAUCAGCUGAUAACAUAUUGUCACGGCAAAAAGUUACAAGAACACGAUAGAUAUCGUUUCAUUUCGUCUUUAACCUUCAAAACAUCAAAGGAUAGAGACUCUGAGGUAUUUGGGAAACCGAAGGGUACCAAAUUCGUUCUCAUGGCAAAGUUUGAUAAGCUUGUCGGGUUCCGAGGAAGGUCUUUCGGUAAUCGUGUCACUGCUCUCGGAGCAAAUUUUGCGGUGGUGGUAGCUCCUCCAGUGAAGAAACUAGAAGCAAAAGGUGGGGAUCCUGGUUGCGAGGAGUGGGAUGAUGGGAUCCACGAAGGUGUUUACAAGAUAAUAUUUAAGCUAAGGUUAGGAGAUGAAUACAUCACAUCCGUUGAAGGACACUACGGUCAAAGACUGCCACUUUCUGGAAUGGUGCGUGAAGUGAUUGAACUUAUUGGAUUCAAAUACAUAACGAUGCUUAAGUUCAAGACAAACAAGGGUAUAACAUAUGAAGCGUUAGGUAACGAAGAAGAAGAUCAUGAGUAUGUGGGAGAAUCGUUCGUGUUGGGGAUGGAAGGUCACAAGAUUGUUGGGUUCCAUUGCAAGUUUACAUUUGAUACUGUUCAUCAAAUUGGUGUUUACGUCAAGCCAAUCGAUAACCCUUAAAACAUUUUUUAUUUUAUAAAGAGCAGAAGCUAUAUAUGCUCUCCCUAAGUACCUUUUUAUG